AAAUGGUUCUCCAGAAUGCAGAUGCCAUGGGGGUGCUCAGCCAGUCGGAAGCAUAUCCUUGUCCAGCUGCCUUGGAGAAGGCUCAUUUGGAGGAUGUGUGUCUGCUGAAAUGCCAUCGGUCACCAGAGAAGGAGGGAUCCCUGACUCGGGGUAGUGCAAGAGGAGACUUGCUCUCUUCGGAGAGUGUUUCUAGUCCCGGGGGCAACUCCAGUGACAGUAUGGAAGAUGAUGAGGCCAGCAGCACGGAGAGCGCCCAGAAAGGGUAUGAGAGUCCCAGCGCAGGAAGAAAUGGGUGUCCCACGAAAUGUGAUCACCCGCCGCCACCCCGUUAUCAAGGUCUGAGCAAGAUCUCGGCUCUCGAGAACAGGAUCAAGGAGCUGCAUCACCGGAAGAAGGAGGUGAACAUCGAGUUGGAGUUGGAAGGGGCCUUGCUGGAAGGAGAACUGAAGGGAGAGAGGCAGGAGCUGCGGCGGGAAGAGGAGCGGCUGGUAGAGCUGCAGAGGCGGCUGGUGGAGACGGAGCGCAGGUGCCAAGCCGAGCGAGAGAAGGAGAAGGCGCGGCUGCAGGAGGAACGCCACAAGGUUGAGGAACUGCAGCGGCAGCAUGCUGAGUCGCAGACUCAUCUCGACAACCAGCCCGAAUCCAUGCGGGAGCGGAUGCAGAGUCAGCUUCAGGAGACAUCUGAGAUGCUUGAUGGAGCCUUACGGAGCUAUGAGGAUCUAGAGUUCCAGCAGCUGGAGAAGGACAGCCGUUUGGAGGAGGAGAAAGAAGCCACCUGCCAGGCCCUGGCUCAGGAGAUCACGCAGCUUCAGAACAACAUUAACCAGAGGAAGAGGAAGGUGCAGAGGUUGGAAGGGCAGGCCCGUUUGACGCAGGAACAGAUGGUGGGCGAGAGCCAGCGAUUUGAACAGGAGAAGGGAGAGGCCGUCCGGAGUCUCAACGUGGAGAAAAACCGUCUAAUGGACAUGGGCCAAGCGUAUUUAGAAGAGAAUGGGGGGGACUCUGCAGACACUGAGCAAUCCCUCACUCAGCUCACUUUCACCCAAAAAACGGAUCGGAAGGUCAUUGUGUUGGGCUCCGACCAGUCCGACUCGUCCUCCUGUGUCUUCUCCGUCCGCAGCUCUGUCAAGGGCUCAAUCGGACUGCAGAGAACCGCAAGUCUGCCCCGGAGGCGUGGGGAUCGCCUUGCCACCAGAACAGCACAGCGCCCCCUCUCAAUGCACGGUGCUCUGGACCCCAGCGUGCUGGCAGCGCAGCUCUCUGGCGGGGGCAGCGGGUCCUACCUGGGCGGCACUGGCCUGCAGUACUCGCGUCUCAACAACCCCCUCUUCCAGCUGUUGGGCGGCCAAGGGGCCGUGGGCCAGCUGGGAGGGACCACUCAAGGAGCUUACAGCCUGGGGAAUUGCAUCACCACACUGGCUGAGAUGGAACGGAAGGUUCGGGAAGCCAUGGCAGAGCGGGAACGGCUGCUGCAGGAAAGGGAAGCCAAGAGAGUUGCUGAGGAGGCCAGACGCAUGGAGCUGCCCCCAUCGACCAAGACUCCUGACCCUGUGGAGAUCCAAGAGCCGAAGCUGGCCGCAUUCGACCUGCGUAAACACCUGGAGGCGUCAGGGCACAGUGUGGAUACCUGCCCGCAGGUGCGGGUAAGCAGCAAGGCCUGCAAAGGUUACCUUGUUAAGAUGGGCGGCAGGAUCAAGACCUGGAAAAAGCGCUGGUUCACCUUUGACCGCCAGAAGCGUGUCCUGGCAUACUAUGCAGACAAAGAGGAGACCAAGCUCAAAGGUGUGAUUUACUUCCAAGCUAUCGAAGAAGUCUAUUAUGACCAUCUCCGCAGUGCCUUCAAGAGCCCCAAUCCCAAGCUGACCUUCUGUGUCAAGACAUACGACCGUCUUUUCUGCAUGGUGGCGCCUAGUCCAGAGGCCAUGCGCAUCUGGAUAGACGCGAUCGUCACAGCAGCAGAGGAGAAUGCUCGCUACUAAA